AUUCCAUGUGUAUCGUUGCAGCUUCACAUGCAUGAAUAUCCUUAAUUCACAAAUUUCACAGUCCCCAUUUUGCCCUCCCCUUUUUCUUCCACUUUUCUCCCCCAUCCCCGGACCUUAUGCUAUGGCCUGGCCUCCUUAACCCCUAAUGCUCCUGCAAUCCAUCUUUUUCUUCCCAAAUCAAUAGGGGAACCAAAACAAAAGUAUGGUUCCCAAGCAAAAUUUGCUCUUUUCUUCUCUCCUCCGCUACUUUUCUUGGCCUUCUUUCCUUUUUGAUUUACUGGGUUAUUAGUUUGUGAUUUAUUUUUUUAUUUUCUUUGGGGGUAUUUACAAUUUUGCAUGGUCCUGGAUUACUGAUUAUCUUGUUCAUUAUCCAGUUUCUCUUUUUUUCUUUUUCUGUUAAUGCUAUCUGCGUGCUAUCCGGAGUUCUCAAGCUAAGCUAGAACUAGAAGAAUCCUUCAAAAUCAUAAAAACUUUGGACCUUUUCCUUUUUGUGUUUAUUGAAUUAAUGAUGCUCAAAGUGGGUGUUUCCUAAUCUGCAACUUCCUGGGGAUUUCACUGGGAAGUGGGAAGCCAGUUACCGUUUUAGGGUUCUUGAAGUGGGUAGAAUUUGUUUGGCUGUUUCCCAAACUCGUCUGCAGGAUAGAUUUCCAUGUUGCGGGGCUUAUUCUAGUUUGAACCCAUCUGACAAAGCGGUGCUUUUCAAGUCUUGAAGGCAUUGUCAACAUCAAAAUGCCUGCAAAUAAUCGUAGUUUUGUGGGUUGGGAGGAGCACAUUAUAUGUCCAGAGCGUGGUAGCCGUGUGGUUCACUUCUACUUGAAGGAUGACGCAGGGCAUUUAGUGCUUGCAGUCAUUGGUACUGAGAGGAGCAUAAGGCACAUGAUGUAUGUCGUUACAGGCGAAUUCUCACAGACCUAUGGCUCCCAGAGCAUGAAGUGGAGAGCCAGACGAGAAGUUGUGGAAUGGCUACAGUCAUUGAUCUCAAGAUCGUCUUUAGAUAUGCAGAUGGAUGAUUCAGUAACAGGCUUUGGAUCCCUUGAAGUGUCAACAAUAAGUGAAUCUUUUGCUCAUCAACCCCACUUACUAGAUCAGAUGGUUCCAAAGAAAUUGAAAGUUCACAAAUGCAAUAUUGAGUGGUCUGGGGUUGCUUGGAUCUGUACUAAACAGCUUAAGCACUACCCAGCGUUUUCAAGAAAUGGGGACAGCAUAGCAGUUCAUUCCUUUGUAUUUAUACUUGCUGAAGAAGAGAGCCACCAUGUAGGAUACUUGGAAGAUAUGUAUGAAGAUAAAAAGGGACAGAAGAAGGUUAAAGUGCGGUGGUUUAACCACAAUCAAGAAGUCAAGAAUGUUAUGCCUCAACUGAAAGCGCACCCCAGGGAAAUUUUUAUCACACCUCAUGUUCAAGUUAUCAGUGCAGAGAGUAUUGAUAGACUGGCAACAAUCUUGACUCCUAUGCAUUAUGAGAAAUGUAUGACUGUCGUCUCCCACACUUUAUUGUCUGGAGUCCAUAUGUGCUCUAGGCAGUUUAAAAACAAUAAGGUGAAGCCCUUCACUCUUACUAAAUUACGAGGAUACUGUAAUCAAGCAAUCCUCUAUACUUUCGAUGGUCCUCUCAUCACCAAGCAAAAAGCCAAGUGGUAUAAAUCUAAUAAGGAUGAUAGGGAAGUAUUUACUGAUACAGUGACAGUAAGUGGUAAGAGAAAUAGAAGUGAUCAGGGGCAAGAGGGACUUGAAAGUGGUUCUGGCGUUGGCAAUUCAGUUCCUGGAAAUGAGGUUAUGAAAUGCAAGCCAACUUAUCCAAAAUUAAAAUUGAGGUUCUCAAGAAUGGGGAUUGUGGCACAACCUCAAUUUUUCCCAGCUUUCAGGGUGGAUGAGAAAAUAGAGCUCCUUUGUGAAGAUAGUGGCAUUCGAGGUUGCUGGUUUAGGUGCAAGGUCUUGAAGACAUCUCAUAAGAAGUUGAGAGUUCAGUACGAUGAUCUGGAGGAUGCUGAAGGAUCUGGCAAACUACAGGAAUGUGUUCCUGCCUUUAAAGUGGCAGCACCUGAUAAACUGGGUAUGAGAUCUCCAGGCCGCUUGACUAUCCGUCCUUGUCCUCCCAAGGACUCAAGAGAGUGUAAAUUUGAGGUUGGAGCACCAAUUGAUGUUUGGUGGAGUGAUGGCUGGUGGGAGGGUGUAGUAACCGGAGUCGGUGUUUCCAAUAAUGAUGAUAUGCAAGUUUACCUACCUGGUGAAGCCAUGUUGCUGACCAUCCAGAGGGAAAAUACCAGGAUUUCCAGAGAUUGGAUUUGUAACAAAUGGGUUGACAUAAAAGGAAGGCCCGACAUUCUUUCAUGUUUAUCUGCAAAUUUCAACCCUGGUAUGAAGCUGUCGAUAAGCUCUGCUAGGGCGGAAGCAUCUGGGAAUUGUAGCACUCCGUCACUGGAGCCAAAUAUCCUUGCUGCCUCUAGACUUGAAGCUGUUAAGGAAGUUGAACGAGAGUUACCUCAGUCAGCCACGUCUGAUGACCUAAAUCUCAAUCCCGGUAUGAAGUUGUCAACAUCUGGGAGUGGUGGCACUCUGUCACUGGAGCCCAAUAUCAUUGCUGUCUCUAGACUUGAAGCUGUUAAGGAAGUUGAACAAGAGUUACCUCGGUCAGUCACGUCUGAUGACCUAAAGGACAUUGAUGGAUUCAACUUGAAGAAGAGGCCUCACAACAACGAAGAAUAUGAAAUUAAUGAAUAUGGAGGUGGUGAUGCUGAUAACAACUACAAAGAGCAUGGGAAUGCUGAUCCCAGCACGAAGAGUGAGUUGAUUUUGGAGAAGCUUGAGUCUGUGGAACACGGGAAGCUGUAGAAGCCACUCUGAAAUAGUUAGCAGAGUUAGCAAGGUGCCUUCAUGGGCUGCUGUAGAUAACAAGCGUUGGUAUAGGACCAUAGGGGACAUGUGAAACAGGUUAAUAGCAAUGAGCAACAUAGUUUUAAAGUUUAGACUUCUAGACUUUGUAGGUUAUGUAUGAGUCAAGAAGUAGCUUAGUUCUCACACAGGAAUCAAUUGGUUUCUGCUCUGGAACUUAAUGCGGGUGUGCCAGUUGCUCCCCGUAUUGACCUUGGCAGUACCCAUAGGCACUUCUACUCACAGUAUAGGUUUUACUGUAAAGGCUAUAACUUUUUGUUUUUCUUUUAUCUCAUGAAAUGAAAGGAUGUAGGUUUUUUUGGUCUGAGAGAUUUGAGAAUUGCAGGAGCUUUCAUGGAUGGUUGAGAAUCCUGGAAUACGAAUCCUAUUCAACUGUU